AUGAAGCGUCGGGAGCAGCGCCGACAACGAGAGCGCAAACAGCUGCCAGCUGCCUUGAUAAAGCUGAUCCAACUCAUUCCAUCCGACAAGGAUGCGCGCAGCUACCUUGCAAGGGAGUUCGUCGGCACCACAAAGGACGAAGCAGGGUCGAAUGCACCGUGCGCCGCGGAGGGCAGUGGGCGUGAUGCUGACACGAGUGACGCGUGGAUUUUCGGCAGUGGACUCGAGAAGCUACUGUUGGUUCUAGGGGAGGAGGCGUGUCCUGAUGGGGCUUUCGAUCUUGUUCGUAUCACUCGCCGCGUGCCUCGCAGCCAAUCCACGAUCAACAGCAUCAACGUGGCAGAGUUGUGUUUUGCCCUUUCCCAGGCGUCGGGUCCAGUGAAUGUCCACGAGCGGCGUCGCACUGCUGCUGCUUUCGGUCCGCUGGACGAGACGGCACCCCUUCUGCAGUACUACCGAGGCAGUCGAUUUGGCGCCAUUGUGCGUGGCGAGGAUUCGUCCUCUCCUGCAGCUCGACAAGCAGCAGCAGCAGCAGCACCAUCGGAGGAAAAGGGCAGCAGAAAGAACGUUGACUCGGAAUGGGCGGCGUUUGUGCAGUGCAUGGCCACACCACUUCCUAUGACGCUUCGCCUGCACCACAGCGAGCGUGCUUUGGCAACCAUUGCAACCCGCGUGCUCACCACACCCGACAUUGCCGCUGUGGUGCGUCCUGUGGCCGCCUUUCCGUCUAACUCUGGCCUGUACUCCUGCAGCAAUAACGACUACCACAGCCACACGCGCGCGGAGUACGUCUGCCGCACCCUUCACAGUGCCAGCGCUGUGUCAUUUCAGGAGGUGGUGUCGGCGAUACCGGUGUCUGUUCUGGAUGUGCAGCCACAUCACACUGUUGUGGAUCUCUGCGCGGCACCCGGCAGCAAAACACUGCAGGCGUUGGACGCCAUGCUGAGCGGUGGGUGGUCUGGAGACGUCUGUCGAGGGGUGCUCAUCGCAAACGAAAAGGACCGAGUAAAGGCGACACAGACGUUGCCGGCGCGGUUGAAGCGCUACCACGCUCCGAACGUGAUGACCACCCGAUGUGAUGGUACGCAGUGGCCGCGUUUGUACCUUGAUGAUCCUACGAACCCGAACAGCGAGCCGCAGGAGCGGCAGUUUGACCGCAUUAUCUGCGACGUUCCGUGCAGCGGCGAUGGCACCAUCCGCAAGGAGCGUUCCAUCGCAACGACAUGGUCGGCAAGCUACGUGAAGUCCCUCGUCCCCACCCAACGUGCACUGCUGUGCCGCGGCCUUGACCUCUUGGCCACAGGCGGUAUUCUCGUCUACAGCACGUGCAGCAUGAAUCCCAAGGAAGAUGAGGAGGUGAUUUGCGCCGGGUUGGAGAUUUUCAGCGACAGUGUCGAGCUUAUCGACAUCAACGUGACACUGCAGCAGAAAGGGUUUCACCUGCGCUCGAUAGGAGGCAUUCGCUCCCCCAAUCUGGAGGGACUACAGCGGCCGGUGCUGCCGCCGACGUACGACGGCAACAGGGUUCUGCGUGUUCUGCCGCAUCGUGACGACACUGGCGGCUUCUUUGUGGCGGCUCUCCGCAAGGUAAAGCAGCCGAACUGGACUGCGCCUACCGUGGUCCGCCACAAGCUAAACCAUUGGACGAAAGGCAAGCUGUGGACGCCAGUUGGCGUGGAGGAUGAGGCGUGGGUUAACAUUGCAACCUUCUACGGGUUUGAUCGCCACAGCGAAGCAACCUUUGCGUACUAUGACGCCGCUACCUCUUUCUCUGGGAAGGGGCUCAUGCCUCUGUAUCACCUCAAUCCAAACGGUGGGCCUCUUCGCCGCAUCGUGCUCUUGACUCCUGCGCUAGCGGAUAUGGUGCUGCGCACGCGUCCGUACAAGGGCCCUGGUGUGGAAGUGGUGUCGGUCGGUGUGCGCGCCUUCGAGGCAUACGACGGGAAGUUUUUGGCCACUGCGACCUGCCGGUGGCGCGCCGUGGUCGAGUCCGCCUCUUUUCUGGCACCGCACUUUACUGCCCGGAAGCUGCACUUUCGCGUCUCAAAGCACAAGCAGCUAAUUGAGGAUCUGCUUCGAAACGGCUACGUUUACACGCGGGAUCACUGGAGGGCAGUGCUGGGCGGAGACCUUGAUGUCGUAGCCGCUAAUGCGAAUCCGAAAGCCCUGGUUAAGUCUGGCAGUCGACUCGAGGCAUUGCUGACGCAAGGUAGCACUGUGUCUAUUAUGUCUGUCGAGGAGGUGGCAGAGCUGCUGCCAAGCCAGAUAGAGGUGGGGGGCGUCUUGGUGGGCGUCAUCUCUGAAGAUCCGGCCGAUGCAAUCGUUGGUCCGUGGUACAUGAGCGCGACACUGAGCGGGCACAAGUUGGAGCUCGCCAUCGACGGCUCUCUGCGUGCGUUCGGGUUGAUGACGUUCUUUGGCAUUCACAACGUUGAGCGUGCCUCGCUGAACGGGAACAACGCCGGCAGUGCGCUCGAAGACGAAUCACCUGGGGAGGAGGCAAAGGAGGCAUAG